AUGGUUGGGCAGUUCAUUCCAUCCAGUGGAACUAAGUCCUUUAUAUUGUCGUGGGGAAUAAGAGAAAGUCGGGAAAUAUCACUACAAAAAGGAUAUAUAAAUAUACAGAAGAUAGCAGAUAAUUUGCAUUUAUCGAGUCAACAUAUAGAGGCUGCACAAAGAAUAUAUUUGAUGGCAUUACAACGUAAUUUUACUAUGGGUCGAAAUAAUUCAUAUGUUGCUGCUUCUUGUUUAUAUACAAUUUGUAGAAGAGAAAAAUCGCCUAUAAUGCUAAUCGAUUUUAGUGAUAUAUUGCAAACACCUGUAAAACCAUUGGGUAAAACAUUUUUAAAAUUAUUAAGGCUUCUACAUAUUAGUGUGCCAAAUAUUGAUCCAUCAUUGUUUUUAGAAAGAUUUGCAUAUAAGCUUAAUUUAAAAAAUGAUAUAUAUAAAGUAACAUAUACCGGAAUAAAACUAAUUCAAGCUAUGACUAGAGAUUGGAUAAGUACAGGUAGAAGACCAACGGGUUUAUGUGGUGCUUCACUUUUAAUAGCUACAAGAAUACAUGGUAUAACAAUUAAUUCUAAUACUAUUGCUGAAGUUGUUAGGAUAUCUAAUCCUACUAUUAUUAAACGUUUAUAUGAAUUUAAAAAUACUAAUAUAGCUAAAAUAAAAGCAAGUGAGUUUGAUAAAAUAUCUAUUGAUGAUAUACCAUCAAGCUCAAUUCCCCCUUGUGUUAUUUCUGAUAAUAAAAAAAAAAUUAAAUAUAAUCUUUUACAAAAAAAUAAAACCUUAUCAUUAUGUGAUAGUGAAGAACAAUAUGCAUUAUGUUCAAAUUCUACAUGUUCUGUAGAAAAUUAUGAAAAAAAUAUAAACUCACAAAAUAUUAAUGCUUCCUCUUAUAUUGAUAAUAAUAGUACAAAAUGUAUAAGCGAUCAAGAAUUAGAUCAAAAUAAAUUUUUUAAUACUACACAAAGUGGUAUUAUCAACUCAUCAAAUGAAGUAGAAUAUUGCACUUCAACAAUCACAGCUUCUUCUUCUGUUCUUGACGAUAAAGAAAAAUAUCAUGAUGGCGAUACAAAUAAAAUUAAUAAAAAUUGUAAGGAAAAUAAGAAUAACAAGAAUGACGAACAUAUACGACCAUCAAGUAAUGAAAUAAAUUUAGAUGAAAUUUGUAAUGAUAAUCCUGAAGGAAAUGAUAUAGAUAAUUUAGCCUUAAAAAUUAUUAAUACUAUUGAUAUUGAAAAAAAUUCAGAAUUUUUAAAAAUAAGUAACAAUUCUUUAUUAAACGAAUUAGGGGCUUUAAAAAAUGAGCACACUAAAUAUGACACCUCUAAAGAACCAAACAAAAUGAACUUACAAAAUCAGGAUAUACAAAAGGGUUCGCAAAAUAUGGCAAACUUUUCAAAAUUACAAUCAGUCAAAUUAACAAAUCGUGAAGCUUCUACUAGCACAAUUGUUGAGAAUAAUGGAAAUAAUGAAUAUAAUGAAAUAAAAGAGAGUACCAAACAAAAGUAUAAAACAUUAGAUAAUAGUACAUAUAGUACAACCUUAAAACAAACUGUUAAUAGUGAAUUAAGUAAUGCUAUAAAUGAUAUAAAUGACGAAUUCAAUUUAUUUGAUAAUAAUACACUUAGUAAAAACUCAAGUAAUACUACAUCAGGCUUAAGCAAAAUGAAUGAUGUUAAUAAUAUAUUAACAGAUUUUAAUUACUUUUUUGAAAAUAAUUCAAAUACAAUUAAUGAUCAAACAGCUAAUUUUGAUAUAAAUUCAGAUGAUUCAGAACAACUAAAUGAUGAAACAAUAAGUGAUAGUUAUGAUAGUGAAAUUGAAAAUAUUAUUUUAUCCGAAAAAGAAAGGAAAAUUAAAAUGUUAAUUUGGGAUGAUGUGAUGAAAGGCUGUAUGCCAAAUUUAUCCAAAAAUAUGAAAAGACAAAAAAAAAGACAAAAUACUGAUAUUAAUAAUUCAAAAAAUAAAAUACCAAAUAAUAAACAAAAUGUUGAUAAUCCUCAAGAUCAGUUAUCAACUGGAGAUUCUGUGAUAAAGGCUUUGGAAAAAUCCAAUAAACUUCUUCCUAAAAAAAUUAAUUAUGAUGUAUUAAAAUCUCUUUUUUCAUCAUAA